AAGUUGAAACGUCCAGCCGGUGUACAAGCUUAAGGCUACCAGACUGUAGACACAAACAAGCUUAGAAGAUGCUCCUGAGCUGAUCCAUGACUUGCAACUGACAUCUAUGGCAUCGCUACUGGGUGCUUCACUCAGAGGCACGAGCUACCUCAUUGGUCUACAGCUGGUAUCCCGUGUCUUGACAUUCAGCCUGAAUACACUCAUCCUACGCUACACUAGCCCGUCUGUCUUUGGGUUUGCCACGAUCCAGCUUGAGUUGCUCUUGAAUACGAUCUUGUUUCUCUGUAGAGAGGGAUUUAGACUGUCUGUACAGAGAUUACCGUCAGUCGGUGAUGAAAAGGCUCAACAACAAACUAAGCAGGAGAUUAUCAACCUGUCAUGCAUUCCAGUCGUUCUUGGCCUGUUCCUUUCAAGUGCUACGACUAGCGCAUUUCUGACUUAUGCACCAGAAGAGUCUUUGAGUAUUCCCUACUUCCGUCGUACAGUCAUUCUGUAUGGCGUUGCAACAAUGCUAGAACUACUCAGUGAGCCAGCAUACAAUCUGGCUCUCCACAGUCUGGCCUUCAAGCGUCGUGCAGCAUGUGAGGGCAUUGCUGUCUUUGUACGCUGCAUUGUGACAUUUGCAUCCGCCUUUAGUGCGCGUUCGUACAAUAUGGGAGCGCUUCCAUUUGCAUAUGGGCAAUUAGCGUACGCCAUCACGCUGGUCAUGGCGUACCUCUUUGCAACACAGAACUCGCUUUUGCCAAAGACCAGCCAACCUGGGCGCUGGUUUGAUACAAGUUCUCUUCGCUUUGCAAUCACAUCGACCAUGCAAGGCAUUCUUAAGCACUUUCUGACAGAAGGUGACAAGGUUCUCCUUUCUUGGUUCAGUAGUAACGCUGAGCAAGGAACCUACGGUCUCGCCGCAAAUUACGGUGGCCUUGUUGCUAGAAUCAUCUUACAGCCAAUUGAAGAAGCAUCGCGAUCCUUCUUCGGUCAGCUAAAUGGACGGAGCAAGGAAAACAAAGAAAUUGACAAGAAACAAACUCAGGCAAGUAAGAAUGCUUUCGUGGCACUUCUAUCGCUCUAUGCGGUCAUUUCAGCUUUGACAGUAUCGAUUGUGCCUCGUAUCAUGGCUGUCGCUCUUCCGUGGUUUCUGGGCAAGAGCUCUCGAUGGUCAAACAUCACACCAGUCCUGGUUGCGUACGUCUAUUACUUACCAUUCUUAGCCGCCAAUGGUGUGCUUGAGGCAUUCUUUGCCGCUACUGCCACUGCAGCUGAUCUCAAGCGACAAUCUUUUGCUUGGCUAGGCUUCUCUGUUCUCUACGGUAUAGCUGGCUAUACGUUCAGUUCAUGGGGUGCAUCAGGGCUCGUUGCUGCCAAUGCGUUCAAUCUCGCUCUCCGAAUCGUCUAUGCAUGGCAGUACGCACGGGGAUACUUCCUAGAAAGGAAGGACUCUCUGGCAAUGACAGAAGUGCUGCCACAUCCCAUGACCUGCAGUGUCUGUGCCUUGGGGUCAGCUUUGGUUCGCGUCAUUUCACUAUCAUCUGAAGCAAGUGCUCGUGAAUUCCUGUCCUAUCUUUUCAGAGUCGGCGCUCUAGGCCUGGCAAUGCUGAGCACGACAAUCUUCAUCGAGCGGAAACGUUUCGCUGCAUACUACAGUGCUACAAAGAUAUAG